AUGGAUUGGUUUCACUGCAACCUGUGUUUCCGAAAAGAUGGGGCCCAUUUCUUUGUCACCAGCUGUGGCCAUAUUUUCUGUAAAAAGUGUGUGACUCUGGAAAAAUGUGCUGUUUGUGGAACUGCUUGCAAGUAUCUGGCUCUUUCUGAUAAUCUGAAACCUCAGGAGAAGAUGUACUUCAAAAGCCCUGUGGAGACAGCUUUGCAGUAUUUUAGUCACAUCUCUCAGGUGUGGAGUUUCCAGAAGAAGCAAACAGAUCUCCUCAUCGCAUUUUAUAAGCAUAGAAUUACCAAGUUAGAAGCAGCCACGCAGGAGGCACAGCAAAUACUGACUAACCAGGACAAAGAGCUGUCAGUCUUAAGGAAAGAGAAUGGAGAAUUGAAGAAAUUGCUAGCCAUCCUAAAGGAAUCUCCAAGUUGGUACCAAGGAAGCAGGUCAACCACACCUCGACCAGUGGGCAUUACUUCUCCAUCACAGUCAGUUACUCCACGACCCAGUUCUCAGCAUAGCAGCCAAGUGGUCAGUCGGUCCUUCUCAGUGGAGUCUAUCCCUUAUAGAGUGGCUGGCUUUAGUAACUUGGGACAGGGAGUCAGAGCACUGCAGGGAAGGAGCACUCCAAGAGACUCUUUUACUGAAACCCCUUCACCAGCUUCCACUCACAGCCUAUCUUAUAGACCUUCAUCUGCCUCCUCCAGACAGGGGAUUUUUUCUUUCAGACCAUCCCUAAGUGGUGGGGAUUCAGGUCAAACAGGAGUCCUCACCCCCAAUAAUUCAGGUCAGAGGGAGAGCAGAACCACACUAGAGGGUCUUCCUGGUUUCCAGCUACCAGCCCUACAGAAUCUCUACCAACAGAGGCAGAUGGGAUUAGCCAGGGGGAGAGAAGCAUGGAACACUCCCAGAUAGACCAUCUUCAAGAUCUGAUCUAUACAUACUGCUGAAGGACGGACGGUAGCAUCUCAUACUCAUUUAGGUGUGAUGGCCUUGGAAAAUGUACCCCUACCUUGUUUCCUGGUUUCACUCUGUACCUUCUCUCUAUCUUAACCCUAUACACCCUGUAUUACUUCCUAUGAAAAUGGUCAGGUCAGAGCUUCAGGAAGAUGUUUCUAUCUCUCCCACAAGAUACAGAUAGCUCCCUUAUUUCCUGCAACUUGAAACAAGGUUAUUAUAACAAUUCUUGGCAUCAUUGGGGGUGGGGGGGUCGGGUGAUAUACUUAUUAACCACGUUUUAUUUCUGGAUUUCACUUUUUAGCUUUGGAUAUAUUCUCCCACUGCUGAUGUUAACAAGCCACAACACUGUUCCUUGCCCUAAUUUAUUAUACUUUUUCUAUUUGCCUAUUGUUUCCUCUGUGCCUAGUUACUAUUAAAUACGUUGAUUUUCCUUUCUGUUUGGUAACGGUUGGAGACACAGGCUUACUAAAGUACACAGAUAGUGAAAUAAAGAGGAUGUCCUUUUAUUGCUACUGCAACUCUAUUGGUAUUACAAGCUCUCAAAUGGUGGAAUGGGCAAAGAACACUACCACUGAGAUCAAACAUUUAUUCUUCUUUGGGUACUAAGGGGUAGAAAUGAGGGAUUAAAUGGGUAGGCCACUGGCAGGCAUACCUUAAGCAAAAAUAUUGGAAAAAUGUAAAGAUAGCAUCUGCCAGAAAUAAAUUUGGUCUUGGGAAUGACCUUGUAGCUGAAUAGGAUCCCACUACCCUUUCUGAAACUGAAUUUAUUUUAAAGGCAUUUCUAAACUCCCUCUCUUCUGAGCAAGAGCCUGUGCUGUAGCAGGUGCAGAAGAAGUCUGCCUAGUGAUAGAUACUGAUCUACUAACUUUUCAAGUUUUUGUUCUUUUACUUUACCUCAGUAUAUCCUGCCGCUUCAAAAAUAAAUAAAAAGUGGGCUUCCCUGGUGGCGCAGUGGUUGAGAGUCCACCUGCCGAUGCAGGGGACGCGGGUUCGUGCCCCGGUCCGGGAGGAUCCCACGUGCCGCGGAGCGGCUGGGUCCGUGAGCCAUGGCCGCUGAGCCUGCGCGUCCGGAGCCUGUGCUCCGCAGCGGGAGAGGCCACAGCAGUGAGAGGCCCGCGUAUCACAAAAAAAAAAAAAAAGUAUACUAAAUCAGAAAGUUAAUGGAUUUGGCUCCAUUAAUCUCUAAACCAUAGAAGUAGCAAAGUGGAGGUGAGAGAAACAAUUUUAUUUUUGGCCUUUUUAUUAUUAUUCUAGCAAUUUGGGGCUUCCACUCUUUUAUUUCUAGAUGGUUAACCCACUGAUACCUUUAUAUCUGACCCCAACUGAUGAAAACCAUUCUAAAACAUCAAUUAAUUCAGUUAAGGACCAUGGUCCCUCUGUCUCCAAGACAGAUCGUAUAAAGUGAGGGAAAAGUCUCUUUUCUGGACACAUUAAACCAACACCAAAAAGAUUAAAAAAAUCAGUCUCUGAAAAAAAAAAAAAAAUCAGUCUCUGUCAAGCUAGGCAGGAGGGACUGUCAGGUUUGUAAAACCAAACCUGGAACCUACCUGCACUGUCCUUCCGAACAGUAGAAACCAUUCCCUCUCCUCUCUACCCUUCUGUAAUUCUAAUUCUACUUUUUUUAAAGGACAUCUCCCCUAAUUCCCACCUCCAAUAAAUAUCCAGUCUAAAUUAUUCUUCACCCAAUUAUUAAACUUUUUCACAAGCUCCGGGGGGAAGAUUUACCCUGAGACAAAUAGUGAACAGAAUGGGGGUUUUAGAAAGAUAAUAAGGUACAAGGCAUAGUGGUCCAGUAUUAGAAAUGAAAACAUUCUGCUCCCUGUGUGACUCAAUAAAGCAGCAGGAAAACAUAUAAAGUCAAGCUGGUAUAAGGAAGAGGAAAUAUUUGUCAUUGACUGGGACAUACUGAGAUUCUUGGCUGCAUUAUGUGUGGACUUGUGCUCAGAGAGAAAAGAAGGGGGUGCAAGGCAGCCUUAUAUUCCAAGGAAAAUGGUGGAGUGGGACUGGGGGAUGUACUGGAAUCUUUGCUCCUCCUUUCUAGUCCUCCAUAGAUGUAGGCCAAAGCCUGGCCUCUCUGUAGUACACUAAGGGGAAAGAACAGCCGAUACGAGGAGAGCAAGAGCCUUUUCCCGGCCCCAUAGUUUGGACCAGACGCAUAGCACUCUUCUCAUUGAGGCUGGAGGCCUGGAUUUCUGCCCAUCCAAUCCCCACCU